AUUACUGGCACACAAAACCUUAAAUUAGAGUGAAUAAAUGAAGACUUGGCACACCACUUCUGAAAGGUUGCCAACCCGUUUUAGCUGAUUGUUUUUCAUUUGUCUAUUUUAAACAUAUUGUCUGAAAUUGCUACAAAAAGGUUGCAUUAUUUGGAUAGAAUGCCUACAGUGGAACCAACACUAACAGUAUUUUUCAGGGAGUUUUCACCUCUUAUUCUCUGCUGUGAGCAUGUCUCCAGAAAACUAGGACCAGAGCCACAGAUUCUAAAUUAUGUGGGAUUAAAUAAAGAAAAACAGAUGAAAAGCAGAGAAGCUCCAGGAAUUGAUGUCCUUGAGGUGAAAGCAUAGCCUGUGUGUUAGUGAGUGCCACCAGGUUUAGUUACACUGUUUGGGAUUUCCUGCUUACUAUGGCAAACUCAGAGGAACCCAAAUUAGGAAAUAAGGGAGUACCUUGGUAGUUACAGGUGAAUAGGGAGCCCUUCAUUGGCCAUCUCCCCCUGUGUACAUUUCUAAAAGAGAGAAAUUCCUCCUCAUAUCCAGACUAAAGAUGGCAGGAUUAGGAUCCUUGGGGAAACCAAAGAUGUCAUGAAUAUGGAGGCCAAGGAUCCAGAUUGGUAGAGGUUGGAAGGAAUCACGCAUGAAUAUGUAAAAUGGGGCCUGUGACCCAUCCUGUAGCUGAAACCAGGGAAGCUACACUUGUGAGACAUAUUAUUGUUUUCUCCCUCUAUUAAGCUGUUGGAGUAAGGUAAAUAUUUUUGGUAAUAACAAGCAAUUAUAGCUAUAAACACCUUCAUUAACUCCAGAAGCUCAGGUUUGUUUCCAAUAUACAAAUUAAUUGCACAUGAUUAAGAUCAGGAUCUUGUCUAAAAGGUGCCAACCUGGGUCUAUCUCUACCACGUCGUGCAGACACGUUCUGUCACUGAUUUCAAGGUUGUAGGAAGAAGCUGAGACAGGCAAACACAUGUACCCCAGUUGCAAUAGUACAGUAUUUCUACUUUGCAAAUACCCUUCCCUCAGAUACCAUAGCACUGCAGUAUAAGAACCUGAAUAGAAUAACAUCCACCCUUCUUCACUCUAGAAUCAUAUUUUUCUUCAAACCCCCACUAAUAUGGCACUACUCCUGUGGGAUAGCAAGCAUGGCCCUUCUGUAGCUGUCAUCGCACUGUUACCAAUCAAUCCACUAGACCAGCAAAAAACAUCAAAUGGCCUUGUUUCAUAACAUGCAUUGUCACACAGGUAAACUUGAUUUCCUAACUCCCUCAGUGGGUGACUAUUAGCACAGAGGGAUUUAUUGCUGAAGGUGGGAAGGGGAUGGGUCUCUCCAUCUCUGAAUGGUGUGUGUAUUCCUUGGUGUGUCUGUGGGUGUAGGCCUGGGGAUUAUUAUCCCCGGAGAGAUUGCAGCAGAGGGUGAGAGUGCUGUGAGGGGAGCCGCAGACAGAAGCUCACCACCUCCUCAUAGGCAGGAGGCCAAAGGAGUUGAACCGGCUCCACUACGCCUGUGUGGACGCAAUAGCCAGGGAGGGGUUAAAUGCGAUUUAACUCCGGCUAUAACUGGUUCCUGGGCGCCUCUCGCCGAUCCCAGAAUCGUGCAAAACCUUCGGAGGUCAGGGGACGUGAAAGCCCAGGUUGCCGGAGUUUGCCCUAGAGCUUCUGUUUCACCGUUUAUAUUACUGAAUCCUCGAAACUCUCCGAGCCAGGGGUCGGGCACACAGACCCUGGGCUGCCUGCUCCGCCACUCUCUGCUGCAGCUGUUUUCUCUCGCUCUCGCUGCAUGUUUAGGACCCAGGGUGAGUCUAGAGGAGGAGCCUUCGCUGCAGUGAGCUACAGUCCAGCCUGUUUACCAAGAGAAAAUAACGACCAAAGCAGGGGCCGAGGCCAAAAAGGAGCGAGCAGCAUUCCCGGAUUGCUGAGACUUCCACGGCUACUUCUCCAGCCUUCGCUCGUGCCCGGAUUGGAUCAAGGAUGCUGGACUGGCUGCAAGCUUUGCUUCUCGGCGCCGCGCUGCUAACAGCAGCGUCUGCCACCGAAGAAUGUGUCCGUGGCAAUGGCGUUUCCUACCGGGGCAGCCAGCAGCUCACCUCGAGCGGUGCCCCCUGCUUGAACUGGCUGGCGGUGCGGAGAAACUACAGCGCCGCUCUCCUUGCAGUCUCCGAGGAUCACAGCAGCUGCCGGAACCCCGACGGGGACGCGGCCCCCUGGUGCUACGUGAGCGGCGAGGCCGGCAUCCCGGAGCGGAGCCCCUGCGACAUCGCCCCCUGCCCAGUUGUUACCUCCUCCACAGAGACUUUGGUCCCUACAGUUGUGGCUGAGGUUUCUCAGGGGAUAGACCAGGUAUUUGAACCAGCUGAUACUUUACCAGCCCGGAGCGAGGCAGCUGCUGUGCAGCCCGUCAUUGGGAUCAGUCAGAGAGUCCGGAUGAAGUCUAACGAAAAGAAGGACUUGGGGACGUUAGGCUAUGUGAUGGCCUUCAUCAUGAUGGUGAUAAUCAUUGCCAUUGGAGCUGGCAUUGUUGUGGGCUACAUCUACAAAAGGGGCAAAGACUUGAAGGAGCAGCACGAGCAGAAGGUUUAUGAGCGCGAAAUGCAGCGCAUCACCCUUCCACUUUCUGCCUUCACGAACCAGGCCUGUGAGCUUGUGGAUGAGAACACGAUAGUGGUACACACCAACCAGACCCCCAUAGAGGAGGCACAUGAUGGCAACACACCUCUCAUGGGCCAGGCGGGUACUCCCGGUGCCUGAGGAGCUAGGGCCAGGAGAGGCACAGGUUGAAACGAUUGAGGCUAAGAUCCCAGGCUCUUGUUUCGGGAGUGGGGGUUCAUUUGUGUUUUUUUUGUUGAUGAAUUCCAGCAAGUGACAGGACUUGGAGAUGCACUGAAAUGGGGGCUGUUCAUUUUGUGGCUAGCAGGACUUGUUUCACCUGAGGACUGGUGCAAUGUGCCACGCUGGCCCCACCUCCCGUACUUCAGAAUGGGAACUCCCCGCAUCCUCUUUUUCUGUUCCUCUCCCUUUUGACCAGUGUUACAUGCAUUUCAGCCUGUACGCUGACACAGCAGCAGUAUCAGAGGGGCGGGUGGGAGCUUUACAGAAGGGUUGUGUAGAGACUUUGAAUGUACUUUUACUUUAAUAGGAGAAAAGCUGUCCUGUGCAAAUGUCUUUUAGAGAUGGGGAAGAGUCAACUGACAACUAUCAAUAUGGGCAUGUGAAGAGCUCAGGUUCAGCUGGGAGACAGAAGAUUUGGUUAAAGGGGAGGGAGACAGUUAGCCCCCAAUGCAUUGCUUAAGAGAUCUCUCUCAAGAUGCUCUUAAAGCAAAGUCUUCCAGUGCCCAGGACACAUUCCCACUCUCCUUGGCUGGUACAGAAGAGCCUGGUUCCAGAGCAUCCAGCUGGGCUGUCUGCUAGGGCAGAAGAGCAGAAAUAUUUCAGAAGUGGAGGGAAGAUAGACAACCCCUCAAUCAGCUUCAGGGAGAGCGGCUAAGUACUCUUUGCUGCUUAAAGGGAUAGUAGCCAUUUCUGAAUUCGUUUCAGACUUUCCCCAGGGAUGUGUAUUUCCAGCAAACAAGAGUUUAAGCCAGUCCUAGGGUGAAUGCAAGUGGAAAGUGCUUGAGAGAAGGACAAGCCAGCUGCACUAGUGCAGGCACAUCAAGGCCUUGUGCAUCCUGUUCUGUGUCCCUUGCACAGGCUGCAGGAGAGGUCACGCUGUAGGGGCUGUUUAUCCAAACUGGCCUCUUUGGAUAAAGAUUUUAGGGCAAGUGUAUCAGCAAGAAGCACUUCUGUUCAUAAUCUGUGUAGGACUAAUUCAGAGAAAUGCACAGCCCCAUCGCUGCAGCAGGGUUCAAGCCAUCCAAAUAAGGUUUUCUACCCAGCUACUUUAAGGGGACUUACUGAGCAGACAUUAAGUGUUGAUGUUUAUAUGGUUCAGAAAAGGGAAAUUUUUUUUUAAAGUCUUUGAAUACCAUUUCUUUGUAAAUAUUUUAAAUACCUCAUAAAAUAAAUAUGCAGAUUGUGCUACAUUGUAUUAAAGCUUAAAAAGGAAAAUAAAGGUUCUGUGGAAACUUGUGUGGGCUUCA